AUGGCUUCUUUAUUUCACGACGCUGCGAGUUCACGAAGGUGGCUGUGCUCACACGUGGGGGGUCGGUUAGCGCCAUGGACGUCGAUCCUGGCAAACGUGCGUGGAAUGUUGUCUCAUGGGUGCCCCAUUGACAUAAAAUCCCUCUCGACUUCACAAACGUCGCAGAUCUGUAUGUUGGAGGGAUCGGCUUUUCUGCAGGCGAGGCACCCGCUUUUAGCAACAUGUCACCAUUCCUUCGCACUCAGCAGAAAACUCAGCUACAAGCUUAAACCGUUGUCUUCGUGGAAAAGACGGUUUCAGAUUACUUCAACGGGGAAAAUUCUUCGCAAGCAGAAAGGCAAGCGCCACAAAUCUUUUUCAAAAUCGCGGAAGCGGAGGCUGCGUUUGCGCACUCCCAAGUUGGUGCACCAGGCUUCAGCAACACACAUUAAAAAAACAGGUUUUGCGUUGCGUUGA